AACUUGGGCUAACAGUUUCGCAAAACAUGUCUAGCUGGGUGUUUUGUUUGUUUUGUUUUUUGUUUUUUUUUCAUUUUGAAAUGACAUUCCUUAUAAUUAAUACUACCGGUGAUGAAACACACUGGGAGGGCCGAUGCUAAUUUAUGUAUGGUCGAACAUGCGUUUAUCAGUGAGAGUGUUUGGGGGAAAUUGUUUGCCUGUUGUCACAUGCUAUGUCAGACUUUAGACUUAAAACGCAUUGGCUAACUACCUAACCUAAAAGUAUUCAUAGCUUGUGACCGUCUAGUUCUGUUGUAGUUUUGGUGUGACCAUUCAUCUCGCAGUAUAAAAGUUCUUUAAUUAAUUACUUCCUCCGAGUCGAUGCAAUGCGGCCGCUGGAAAAUUCCGCUCUGAAAAGACCAAAGUUGGACUGGACGUUUCUGCAAAGACUCUACAAAAUUCUCAAAAUUCUUUUCCCAGAUUGGUGCAGUCAGAAUGUGCUAAUGUUUGGAACCCUCCUUGGAGUCACUCUUUUAGUUCAGAUGGUGAUCUAUCAAGUGGGGCUUAUUCCAAGCCAGUUCUAUGGUGUCCUGUCUGAGAAGAAUCAUAACAAGUUUCAAGAACUUAUAGUGUUUGCUGUUCUGCUCAUUCUGCUCAACUCUGCUCUAAAAAGUGUGGAGCAGUAUAUCUGCAGUCUCCUGUAUGUGAGCUGGAGGACAUCUCUAACAGAGGACCUUCAUAGAGACUAUUUCUGGGGACGGGUCUACUAUACUGUCAAUGUGCUCCGGAAGGACAUAGAUAAUCCAGACCAGCGGAUCAGUCAGGAUACAGAGAGACUGUGUAAGCAGUUGAGCACAAUCACAAGUAGGAUCAUCAUAUCUCCCUUCACUGUCUCCUACUACACCUACCAGUGCUAUAACAGCACGGGUUGGAUUGGACUCCUCAGUAUCUUUGGCUACUUUGUACUUGGCACCAUUGUCAACAAGAUCCUGAUGGGGCCCAUUGUGUCAACUCUCAUUGAACAAGAAAAGCUGGAAGGAGACUUCAGAUUCAAGCACAUGCAGAUUCGCAUGAAUGCAGAAUCAGUAGCCUUCUACAGAGCAGGAAAGGUGGAACACAUGCGGACAGAUUGGAGACUGCACAACCUCUUACACACUCAGAAGAAUCUGAUGAACAGAGAGCUCUGGCUCUAUAUGGGAGUGAACAUUUUCGACUAUCUGGGAAGCAUCCUCAGCUAUAUUGUCAUAGCCAUCCCCAUCUUUGUGGGCGUGUAUGACGGGAUGACCCCAGGCGAGCUCAGUGCUCUAGUCAGCAAGAAUGCCUUUGUCUGCAUAUACCUGAUUAACUGUUUCACCCAACUCAUAGACCUCUCCACCACCAUCUCAGAUAUUGCAGGAUACACACACAGGAUUGGAGAACUAAGGGAAGUGAUGAAUGAUAUUGGCAGGAAACAGUGUGAUUAUGACCUUAUACUGAGGGAUACAAGUGAUUUUGACAGCCACAGGGAUAUGGGGAGCAGUGACACUGCCUUUGUGCUGGAUGGACUGUCCUUUAAGUCUCCAGUCUCAAAUGAGCUGCUGGUCAAAGACCUGAGCCUCAGGAUCUACCAGGGUACCCACCUGCUUCUGGUGGGCAACACCGGCACGGGGAAGACCUCACUCCUCAGGGUCCUCAACCACCUGUGGGAACCUUCAGGCGGUUCUUUUGAGAUGACCACGUGUUUCGGGCCGAGAGGCGUCCUCUUCCUACCCCAGAAGCCUUAUCUAACUGAUGGUUCCCUCCGUGAACAGGUGAUCUACCCUUUGAAGGACAUAUAUCCAGCAGCAGGCUCUGUUGAUGAUGAGAGAAUUCUGCAAUACCUGGAACUGGCUGGCGUGUCCAGUCUGCUAAAGAGAACAGGCGGGCUGGAUGAGAAAGUGAACUGGAACUGGUAUGAUGUUUUAUCACCAGGAGAGAUGCAGAGACUAUGUUUUGCUAGGUUGUUCUACUUACAACCAAAAUAUGCAGUGUUAGAUGAAGUGAGCAGUGCUCUGAGUGAGGAAGCAGAGGACCAGCUGUACAGGGCAUGUAAGCAGCUGGGCAUGACCCUGAUCAGCCUGGGCCAUCGCAGCACUCUACACAAGUAUCAUGAUGUCAUGCUUCAACUGUGUGGAGAUGGUCGUUGGGAACUCACCAAGUUAAAAAUGGACUGAAUAUCCAGAAUGACUCAGCCAGAAUGAAGGAUAUUUCAUCACGUUAGAUGAAAUGCUUUGUUGGAGCAGUCUGAAGCCUGAUGUUUUCAGCAUGUUAUCUGCUAAUAUAUUUUUACUUAUGAUUACUUGCAGUGUAUCACUUUGCAAAUCGAUUUUUCUAUUUAAUAAAAUCAAGACGACCCAAGUAAGGCUCAUGUUUCCAAGUGUGCAAAUAAAAAUGUCAUUGAAAACCUGGAGAAGACAGAAAAAAAAAUUGUGUACUGUUUUGAACUAAUCCUUAUGAAACUUUCAUAAUUACUUUUAGGGACUACUCAGUAAACUAAAUAGAUAGGUGCAUACAUACAUAGUUUUUAAGUAAUAAUAACAAAUGCUUUGUUGGCUUAGCAAAAAAAUCUUUAAAAUCUUAUGGACAAUAAAAACUUGGGUGAGCUGUGCUCUGGGUGGACUGGAUGUCAACAAAAUAGGUUGGAUAUAUACUGAGUAUUCUGGCUAAAUCUAAUAUUUUGAGAAUUUUUACAGUUUAUUUUAUAAUUUGCACCUUUUGUACCUUUUUUGUCUAAUGCUCAUUCUUAUUUAUCUACUGUAAAUUCCUAGAUUUCCCCAGGAAGAAUAAUAAAAAGCUAUCAUAUCUUA